UUGCAAAUAAUUAACAAAGCAUUAAAUGCCUUAAGAAAUACAUCCAACAAGUAGUGAAAUUCUUAUAAGCAACUAACAAUACACAGUGUGUACUAUAAAAAGAUACAUUUUCCUAAAAGUUUGUGAAAUAAAGGUAAUUUUGAUAACAAAAACUAACUAAAAAGUUUCAUUUCAUUACCUGCUGUACCACGAUUACAAUUUCCAUAUGCGGAGGUACGUCUGCACAUAUCAAGUCUAAAUUAAGAAGUUUACAUUAAAGAUGUCAAAAACAGAGAUUUUGAAAACUGUGCAGGAAUUUAUGCUGCGACAGAAUCGACCUUAUGCUGUCAAUGAGGUGUUGGAAAAAUGUGGCAAGGAAUUGGGCAAAGCUGCCAUACAAAAAGCUUUGGAUUCAUUGGUUAGCAAGGAAAUUUUGUUGGCCAAAACCUAUGGCAAACAUAAAAUCUAUUAUGCUAAACAAAAUGUUAAUAAUCAAGAGCUUAAAAAGCAAAUGCAAACUUUAAAACAAAAGCUUUCACAAGCUCAGAAUAUACUCAAAAACAAAGAAUCAGAAUUAAACGAUUUGGAAGCAAAGUUGAAGUCUUUAAAUAAGGUUAAAAGUCUGGCUACUUUGGAAGAGGAAAGAGAUCAACUUUUGGAUGAUAUCAGGAACACAAAUGAAAAGCUAAGAAGUUUGCAGGCUCAAGAAACCCAAAUAAAGCUUUCUUCUCAGGAUGUUAAAAUCGUUACAAAAUAUGAAAAUGUCUCUUUGGCCUAUCGUAAGCGCAAACGUAUGUGUAACGAUAUGUUGGAUGCCAUUAUGGAGGGUUAUCCUAAAACUAAGAAAGCUUUAAUAGCUGACAUAGGUUUAGAAACCGAUGAGGAAGUGGGCUUUAAUGUAGAGUUAAAGCGUUAAGGGGGGUUUAACGUUUUGUGUUAUAAAUUCUUUACUUUUAAGUUAAUCUAAGGAAUUUUAAUGUUAAAUUUUAAUCAAAAAAUAUCUAUUCUUAAGGUAUUUUGUCUGAGCCAAUUGCAUUACAUUUAUUUAUGUAUGUA